UCUGGAAACAUGGCGGCGGACUUCAGGUUGAGGCGCCUGCUGCUUCUGCUCUGCGUCGUUUUCGUGAGUUUUUCUGCGGCUGAAAAUAAAGACAAGCCCAAGAAAAAGAAGGACAUCAGAGACUACAAUGACGCGGACAUGGCGCGGCUUUUGGAGCAGUGGGAGGAGGACGACGACAUCGAGGAGGGGGACCUGCCCGAGCACAAACGCGCUCCUCCGCCCAUCGACUUCUCCAAAGUGGAUGCGUCUAAACCCGAGGAGCUGCUGAAAAUGUCCAAAAAGGGACGCACUCUGAUGGUGUUCGCCACAGUGUCUGGAGACCCCACGGAGAAGGAGACCGAGGAGAUCACCGGGCUGUGGCAGGGCAGCCUGUUCAACGCCAACUACGACAUCCAGAGGUUCGUGGUGGGCUCAAACCGCGUCAUCUUCAUGCUGAGGGACGGCAGUGUGGCGUGGGAGGUCAAGGACUUCCUGGUGUCUCAGGACAGGUGCGCGGAGGUCACCGUGGAGGGGCAGGUGUACCCGGGAAAGGCCGCCAAAAAGGACGAGACUAAACCCAAACGACAGAACGAGGUCAAUCCCAAAAAGAAAACCAAAAAGAAGAGCCACACGAAGCCGGAUUUAAACGGAAACUCGGCCGGCGAGCGGAAAGUGGAGCUGUGACGAGACGAAACGGACGAGUUUAAAGAGACGCAAAACACGACGCGAUCCAUUUAUGUGACUUUAAAGAGGAGGUGUUCUGUAAAAUCAACUUUCUGUUUGUUUCUCCCAUGUUCCUCCUCAAAAUCACGUGUGCAGAGGUUUUAGAGUCAUCCAUGCAUGUUUGAGUAAUCUAGAGAUCUCUCCCGGGCCCUAUUCAAACCCUCCUGUACGAGGCUCCGCCCACAAGCCUACAUCACCCACGCUCCCACACGACAAUCCUCCAUAAAUAUACAAAAACAUGACACAAAACAACACACUACAGCUUCACAAACCUGGUGUGAUGUGCAGUAGUUUCAUUAACGCUGAUUGUGAUGUGAUAGCGCCGUGAAGGGGGCGGGGCUUUGGACUCAGAGCCACAAAAAACGAAAGUGAAACUGAUAAAACAUGUUAAUACGUCGUCGUUUUUGAGCAAAUAUAGAAUUUUCAAAAUAAAAGGAAACAUGGAUCUAAAUGUGAAGUGUCACAGUUAAAACAACAGAGAAGUAAAUACCUCCUCUUUAAGGUCAAAGGUCAAGUUUGUUCUUGUUUUGCCAAAGCUCGGUGUUUAAUUCUGUCACUUUUUUGUUACCGUCAGGAGAAUGGAGCCAAGUCAGUAUAAAUAUAAACAAAGGCUUCAUUUUGUUGAUUUGUUUUCUAUAAAUGUGCCAUAUCAUUUUGUUUUGAGAUACGCUAAGCUCAAAACGCUCUGUUCCACCUUGUGAUGUCAUCAAGUGGUAGAUUUCACGUUAACUCCUCCUCUUUUUACCUUCAGUUCAGUCGAGAUAAAUGGCAACUCCAGAAGCUGAAAAGAUUUAAAUGAUUCUAUAAAUGAAGGUGUGUGGAGUUUAAAAACACAGUGGAGCACUUCCUGUAUCACCACAUGAUGACAUCACAAGGUGGAACAGAGUGUUUUCAGUUUGAGAGAAGAACUCACACUAAAUCUGCAGGUUUGUGUGUUAAACAUGUGAGAAUGAAACAAAAAAAAACACAGCUCCAGGUCUGUGUGUGACGAGGAAACGACAGAACAGAUCAGAGAGGUGCAUUAUGGGACAUUUAAACUUUAAUACGGUUUAAAAAUGGACCCUUUUCAUUUUGCCUUUAAAAAAUGGUACUAAAAAGUUUGCAUUUCAAUAAAUCGACUCAUUUCUCCACAUCGAGCACUUACACACUGCACAAAUAAAUACUUAAAUAAAAUAAAAAGUAAAUAAAAAUAAAUGCAAAAAUUAAAUAAAUACAAAUAAAUGGAAUAAAUCAAUGCUUAGAGUGUGUAACUUGAUCUGGGUCGAUUUGACAAGUUAAAUUUUCAACCAGUGGGUUUUUUUUUUGGUUUUUUUUUUUUGUUUUCUUGAUUUAAAAAACAUAUUUCACGUUUCAUUUUAAGUUUAAAGUUUGUUUUUCUUCAGGUGAAUAAGUUGUUUUCUCCUGUUGUAAGUGUGAAACUGCGCCCUCUGCUGGUGGGUCAUGUGAACUUCAUGAAAAUAAAACUUGUUCUUAUUUCUAGUCAUUUUAACUUUGCCUUGAAAAUAAACUUUUUUAUAUAAGUG